UUUAAAUUCUGUUGGAGGCAUUGAAGAUGCAGUGUUGCAAAAGCAGAUGGAUUCUUUGCAAACCAUUGUAAUUUCUAUGAAAUACCAUGGAAGAAUUUCGCAUGGUUGUUCUUUCCCUCGAGAAGCUCCAACAUGAUGGUAAACAGCUUGCAAAAGGUUGUUCUAAUCAGAUGAGCACGAAACAACUGCAGCAGAGAAUUGGUGUAAAACUCUUUCCUACAAAUUGCAUAGAUGGGCUUAUGCUUCUACAUGAAAUUCACUUUGCUGAAUACGUUCUCAUAUCAUCAUUGGUUUCAGUGCUUUCUGCACUUGCCUUAAAACAUAAGUCAAUAAGAUUCAGCUGGUCUCCUUUCUCCCUUUUAGAUAUUGAGUCAUGUGAAACACAAAAUCAUUUGUUGAAAUUGCCUCAAUGAAAGUUAUUAUGGGGCUGUGAUCCUAUCUAAAGUUUUAUUUUGAAAAUGUGCUACUUUCUUCUUUUUAAAAAAUGUUUCUUGGGGAAGGGGGAUUUUAAAACUAUGAAUCCACCUUGUGACCUUUGAAUCCCCGACUUCUCAAUUUAUUUUUAGUUCAUGCUUUGUGAUAAAUAAGUGUAAUCUCUGUUAUUAUAUUUAUGGACACUUUAGUUUGUUAAAUAAGUCUAUUUUAGCUUGCAUUCUUCUUGAUACGUAAUAUUUUCUGCUUGUCUUUUCCUACAGGAACAUAUAAAUUUUUUUCACUUGUCUCUUGGUUUCCUAAAAUAAG